AUGAUCAGAAAUACUAUAUUCCAAGGAGCACGUAGGUUCCUUGCUUCAGCUUCGGUGAAGCAACCUACUAUCGGUCGUUUUAAAGGUAAACCCAACCCUAGCACGGGAAAAUACACAGUUUCCUUGAUUGAAGGUGAUGGUGUCGGUCCUGAAAUUUCUAAGUCAGUUAAGGAUAUUUUUGCAGCUGCUAAGGUUCCAGUUGAAUGGGAGUUUUGUGAUGUAACCCCAAUUUUUAUCAACGGGUUGACUACUAUUCCUGACCCAGCAGUUAAGUCAAUUAACAAAAAUUUGGUGGCUUUAAAGGGUCCAUUGGCUACCCCUAUCGGAAAGGGUCACAGAUCUUUGAAUUUGACUUUACGUAAGACUUUUGGUCUUUUCGCUAAUGUUCGCCCUGCCAAAUCUAUUGAAGGGUACAAGACCACGUACGAAAAUGUUGACUUAGUUCUUAUCCGUGAAAACACCGAAGGUGAAUAUUCUGGUAUUGAACAUGUGGUUACCCCCGGUGUUGUUCAGUCUAUCAAAUUGAUCACCAAAGACGCCUCUGAGCGUGUGAUCAGAUACGCUUUUGAGUAUGCUCGCGCUGUGGGCAGACCAAUCGUCUCUGUCGUUCACAAAUCCACGAUCCAGCGUUUGGCCGAUGGUCUUUUUGUAGAUGUUGCCAAGUCCUUGGCUAAGGAGUACCCUGACAUCGAGUUGCGCACGGAAUUGAUUGACAAUGCUGUUUUGAACGCUGUUAGUAGGCCUGAGAUCUACGCCAACGUAGUCGCCGUCUGUCCUAACUUGUACGGAGAUAUUCUCUCCGACUUAAACAGUGGUCUAUCCGCAGGUUCGCUAGGCCUAACCCCAUCAGCAAACAUCGGUUACGAGGUCUCUAUCUUCGAAGCCGUUCAUGGUUCUGCGCCAGAUAUUGCUGGCCAGAAUAAGGCUAACCCAACCGCUCUAUUACUAUCUUCAGUCAUGAUGUUGAACCAUAUGGGUUUGUCCGAUUACGCUACUCGUAUUGAAAAGGCUGUUUUGAGUACCAUUGCCUCUGGUGAGAGUAACAGAACUGCUGAUUUGGCAGGUACUGCUACAACUUCAUCUUUCACCAAGUCCGUUAUUAGCAGAUUGUAA